UCCAGCAGAAAGCGGAAGUGGCGGUGAGCUUUCCAGUGUGCUGUAGAAGAGGUGUUUGAGACGGGAGUUUACUGAAGGAUUGGUGUUGUUGGGGGGGUCCCGUCGCCAAGAUGUCUCGGGGUUCCAUUGAAAUCCCACUUCGGGACACCGACGAGGUUAUUGAGCUUGACUUCGAUCAGUUGCCUGAAGGAGAUGAAGUUAUCAGUAUCCUUAAGCAGGAGCACACUCAGCUGCACAUAUGGAUCGCCUUGGCUCUGGAAUAUUACAAACAAGGGAAGACGGAGGAUUUUGUCAAGCUGCUGGAAGCUGCCCGUAUAGAUGGUAACCUGGACUACAGAGACCAUGAGAAAGACCAGAUGACCUGUCUGGACACACUGGCAGCUUACUAUGUGCAACAGGCCAGAAAAGAGAAGAACAAAGAUGCCAAGAAAGAGCUCAUCACCCAGGCCACCUUGCUGUAUACCAUGGCAGACAAAAUCAUCAUGUAUGACCAGAACCACUUGCUGGGCAGAGCCUGUUUCUGUCUUCUUGAGGGAGACAAAAUGGACCAAGCCGAUGCCCAGUUCCACUUUGUCUUGAACCAGUCAACAAACAAUAUCCCGGCCCUUCUGGGUAAAGCCUGCAUCUCUUUCAAUAAGAAAGAUUACAGGGGAGCUCUGGCGUAUUACAAGAAGGCACUGCGUACCAACCCAGGCUGCCCAGCUGAGGUCCGGCUGGGAAUGGGCCAUUGCUUUGUGAAGCUGAACAAACUGGAGAAAGCUCGCCUGGCCUUCAGCCGGGCUCUGGAUCUCAAUUCCAAGUGUGUGGGAGCCCUUGUGGGGUUAGCGGUGCUGGAACUGAACAACAAAGAAGCAGACUCUAUCAAGAACGGAGUGCAGCUCCUCUCUAGAGCGUACACCAUUGACCCUAGCAAUCCUAUGGUUCUCAAUCACUUGGCAAACCACUUCUUUUUUAAAAAGGACUACAGUAAAGUCCAGCACCUGGCGCUUCAUGCCUUUCAUAAUACUGAAGUGGAGGCAAUGCAGGCUGAGAGCUGUUACCAGCUAGCGCGAUCUUUCCAUGUGCAGGAGGAUUAUGAUCAGGCAUUCCAGUACUAUUACCAGGCCACCCAGUUUGCCUCCUCCACCUUUGUGCUGCCCUUCUUCGGCCUGGGGCAGAUGUAUGUGUACCGGAGAGACAAGGAGAAUGCAGCACAGUGCUUUGAAAAGGUUUUGAAAGCGUACCCCAACAACUACGAGACCAUGAAGAUUCUUGGGUCUCUCUACGCUGCCUCUGAGGAUCAGGAAAAGAGAGAUAUAGCUAAGGGACAUCUUAAGAAAGUAACAGAGCAGUAUCCCGAUGAUGUGGAGGCUUGGAUUGAGUUGGCGCAAAUCCUUGAACAGACCGAUAUUCAGGGUGCUCUGUCAGCCUAUGGCACAGCCACGCGAAUCCUGCAGGAGAAGGUGCAGGCAGACGUCCCUCCGGAGAUCCUCAACAACCUGGGAGCGCUGCACUUCAGACUGGGAAACCUGGGAGAGGCUAAGAAAUACUUUCUGGCCUCGCUGGAGCGAGCCAAGGCCGAAGGGGAGCACGACGAACAUUACUACAAUGCAAUCUCGGUCACCACAUCCUACAACCUGGCCAGGCUGUACGAGGCCAUGUGUGAAUUCCAUGAGGCGGAAAAGCUCUACAAGAACAUCCUGAGGGAGCACCCCAACUAUGUGGACUGUUACUUGCGUCUAGGAGCAAUGGCUAGGGACAAAGGGAACUUCUAUGAAGCUUCUGACUGGUUCAAAGAAGCUCUCCAAAUUAACCAGGAUCAUCCAGAUGCGUGGUCACUCAUAGGAAACCUUCACUUAGCUAAGCAAGAGUGGGGCCCUGGCCAGAAGAAAUUCGAGAGGAUCCUCAAGCAGGUGUCCACACAGAAUGACACCUACUCCAUGCUGGCCCUGGCCAACGUGUGGCUGCAGACCCUGCACCAGCCUACCAAGGACCGAGAAAAGGAAAAGCGUCACCAGGACCGUGCCUUGGCCAUUUAUAAACAGGUCCUGCGAAAUGAUGCCAAGAACCUUUAUGCUGCUAAUGGCAUAGGAGCUGUUCUUGCACACAAGGGUUAUUUCAGAGAGGCUCGGGACGUCUUUGCCCAGGUGAGGGAGGCAACUGCUGAGAUCAGUGAUGUGUGGCUAAACCUGGCACACAUCUAUGUGGAACAGAAGCAGUACAUCAGUGCCGUGCAGAUGUAUGAAAACUGCUUAAAAAAGUUCUACAAGCAUCAGAACACAGAAGUCCUGCUCUACUUGGCUCGAGCUUUAUUCAAAUGUGGAAAACUUCAAGAAUGUAAGCAGACGUUGCUGAAGGCCCGCCAUGUGGCUCCCAACGACACUGUGCUGAUGUUCAAUGUGGCGCUGGUUCUGCAGAGGCUGGCCACGCUGGUGCUGAAGGACGAGAAGAGUAACCUGAAGGCUGUGCUCAGUGCUGUCAAAGAACUAGAGCUGGCCCACAGGUACUUUAGCUACCUUAGCAAAGCUGGAGACAAGAUGAGAUUUGACUUGGCACUGGCUUUAACUGAAGCUAGGCAGUGCUCGGACUUGCUGAGCCAGGCGCAGUACCACGUGGCCCGAGCCCGUAAGCAGGACGAAGAGGAGAGGGAGCUGCGAGCCAAGCAGGAGCAGGAGAGGGAGGUCCUCCGCCAGCAGCUCCUCAAGGAACAGGAAGAGAAGCGCAACAAAGAGGCAGAGGAGCAGAAGAAGCUGCUGGAGCAGAGAGCUCAGUUUGUGGAGAAGACCAAGAGCCUCCUCACGUUUGCCGAUGGAGGGAAGGAGACGGUGAAAGAGAAGAAGAAGGGAGGAGGUGGCAGGCGCUCGAAGAAAGGGAACGACUUCGACGAGUUUGUCAACGAUGACUCCGAUGAGGAAUUGCCCGUGCCGAAGAAGAAGAAGAGGAGGAAGGGGGGCAGCGGGAGCGAGCAGGAGGAGGGCGAUGAGGAGGACGAGCGGAAACCCAAGAAGAAGAGGAAGAGACCCCAGAAAGGAGGCGACGAUGGGUCUGAUGAUGAAGAUAGCGCUUCAAGGCCUAAGAAGCAGCGCAAGCCCAGGGAACGCAAGAGGAUGGAGAGGCCUAAAUCUGAGCGUAUGCCACCGUCUCUGAAAGGGAAGAUCAAGUCAAAGGCCAUCAUUUCAUCCUCUGACUCUUCAGAUGAGGACGGACUUAAAAUUGCUGAGGAUCGAAAUCCAAGAGACAGCGAGUCUGAUGAUGACGAGGGCACAGCGCAGACUCACAGGAAGAGGAUCGCUUCCGACAGCGAGUCCGAGGAGGACAGGAACAAGUCCGGGAGCGAGGUGGGGAGUCCCCGGCGCUCCAGGAACUCCGACGACGACUCCGGCAGCGACCAGCCAGUAAGGAAGAGGAGGCCACAGCCACAGUCCGAUUCGGAGCAGUCCGACAAUGAGUCCAAAAAGAGCCGUUCUGGGGGUUCGGAAGAUGAUUCCCGGCCUCCUUCACCUGCUGCUGAUUCAGACAGAGACUCAGAUCGAGGUUCUGAUAACGAGGGUUCUGCGAGGGCGUCUGGAAACGAGUCCGAACUUGAGCGCUCCAACAAUGAGGCAUCUGAUCACAGUUCUGAUGAUAGUGACUAAACAUGGAGAAGAAAAGACUUUUUGUAUUUUUACAGAAGUGUUUCAGGAUUUAUGACCUAAAAUGUGUAUUCAUUAUUUCUUACAAAGCAGGAACAUAUAACUCCUGCAACAGUGAGCUGUAUACUUUAGGCACCAGUGCUUCUUCCAGAAUUUGUUUUGAGUUACUUUUAAGUUUUUUCUGGAUCCACGUCAGGCUGUUUAUAGACGUUUUUCUGUUAAGCCUUUUAAAAGUGGUGCAUAUUACAGAAUGGGGAAACAAGUGUAUAUAAAGCACCAAUUAAAUCAGUCAACAUUUUGUGCAGGCUUAGCAUUAUUUGAAAAGAUUACUUAUGGCAACAAAGUAAAAGUGUUGCUCGGCUACAUGUGCAAAAGAUGUGUAGAUAAUAAAAUGUCAUAAAUGA